CGCACCGUGCGUAGAUCAAGUCGUGAUCAUUCGUCGUGGUCCGGAUAGUUGCAGAGAACCAACCAAUUCAUCAUAUCCAGAAAGUGAAAAAUGACGAUUCCUUGGUCCACACCGGUGGGUGACAUUCCGGGGACGUAGCUCCGUAGCGUUGAGUUGAAUCUUGGCUGCGGUAACCGCGGAAAAAAGCUGCUGGCUUCCGUCAGCGAAAAUAGAGUGAAAAUCGCAUUUUUCCGUCUGUAAAACGAACCCGAGCCGAUCGGUGGAGUGCACGGUUUCGGGUUUGGCUGUGGCUAGCUGCUGCGGGCCUAUCGCGCGAGUGAUACAACAUUGCUAGCGUUAUUGGUGUAUGUGUAUAUGUGUCUGUGUCCGCGGGUGUUUGUUUUCAUGUUUUAUUAUUGUUGUCGUUUUGGAACCAUUGAUGAAAAUGUAUACCGAAUGAGCUGCAUCUGAAGCAGAAUUUGCAGCGGAGAUUUGUUUCCAGUGUUGGUGGAAAAUCGUUUGAAAUGUAAAUGUUAAAAUCAAUCAAAGCUGGAAGCUAGUGUAAAUUUAAGAAAAGUGUUGUUUAUUAAUUAGUAAAAGAAAUUCCAAAAGAUUAGUAAAAGAGUACAUAAGACUGCAUCUAGGCAGCACAUUUCCACCGAAUCAUACUCACAAAGGCGAAGAAUUUACCCCGGGCGGUAGUGAAGUGGUAUCUUUAUGUUUACGUUAGCUGCUGCCUCAAAGUGAAUGCGUGUGCGCGUCCCCCCGCAUAACAGCACCAAGUGCGCGAAGCAGAUCCAAAGAGGAAGAUAAAUGGUGGCGUUGAAAACCCGGUGAAAUUUCAUGCAUUACAACAUCAGAAAAAGCCAGCUGAGUAACCGUAAAACGGGGCGGAGGAAAAAAAAUCAAAUCAUAAAAAAUACACACAGUUCCUCCAGUAGUCGUCGUCGUAGUAGGAACCGAAAGAAAAUUCCGGCAGAAGCUGAGAGCUGGUAUACGCGCAAGCCGGGGCUCUCGGAACAAAAGCGAAGAACGAAAGAAACGAUAAACUAAUUCAGCGUCGGAACAUAAUCAAACAACAGUUAGGCUGCGUGUGCGUAGCGGAAGGAAACAGCCGGAGAGAGCCAUUGGUCCCAGCCGGUUCAAUUAAUCGACAAACCAGUGAAAUGUUUCCAGAAUUAGAAGAAUACACUUCCAACCUCCAGUGCUGCCAUCAGUGAAGCAACAAAAGCAAAACCCGAAGCAAAUCACCCAGUUUUGCCAGUGUACUUAACCGGUUCGUGAAACAAGAAAAAAACCGUGAUCGGUGUUUGAUAUUUAAGAAGCAAAUAACCAGAAGCAUUAAUACCAUUUCAAUGUUCAUACCUGUGUAGAUGCGUUAAGAAUAUCCAGCAAAAUCUCAUUCAAAAGUCUUUUAAUCGUGUGUCAUAAGUGUCUAACCAGUGCUUCUACAAUCUAGCGAAGAGGAAAGAAAGCAUUAAUAAAAGUCCAGCACAACCUCUCUAGUAUAGCAAAAUAAGUGAAAGCAUAAUUCGAUGUUCGUUUUUUUUUUCUCAAGUGAAUCUCCAACAUUCGAAUAAAUAGUAAGGAAAAUAUUAUUCUGUCGAAGCCCGAGCAAACGGAAACACCAAGUGGAGAAGAAAAGAAUCCCAGACAUUAAUAUCGUUAACCCAGUAUAUCCAGUCGGUCAGUCAGUCAGUCAGUCAGUCAGCUAGUUUGUUGUUAGUCCAGUGUUGUUUAGUGUUACUUACAUUCCCACAGCGUUCGUGUGCGUGUGUAACAGUUGCGUGUGGAAAGUAAUCGUUCGAGGUGUACGACAGAGGAAAACAGUUUAUAGUUGUACUACAAAGCAAAACCCAUCACAAUCAAUCGUUAGUCAAUAAAAAAAAAUCCAGAGGAAGUAAGAAAAGGUAUUCAGGUGGUGGAAAACGCAAACACAAAAGUAAAUGUCCUAAGGUAAACAAAGCUGAAAACGAAAAAAAAAAGAAGGAUGCCAGUGUGUUCGCGCGUAUCUGUAUCUGUGUGAGUUUGUUACCGUUACGUAUCGAGUUUACAAAGUCUAGUGCUUGUGUUUGCUGUUGUCUUGCUGCGUGAAAAAAAAGAAAAUAAGUGAAAAUUUACGAGUGGUUUAUCGUCGACUUGCUGCCAUCGACUGCCGGCAUCAAGUGCUAAUUUAAAAGGUUGGUGGUUACCUCCGCCCGAAUUUAUGGUCAAACAACUCGCAAUGGUUUGAGGUGAAGGGAACAGAAGAAAGAAAGAGACCUCAGCGCAGUGGUAUGUGGUUGGUAAUUGGAGAUAUUUUAUAACGUUGAAUUUUAAACCGAUCGCGUAUUUCGCCGUUGGACCGCGUGGGACGUUAAUACAAGAUAAUGGACGUCGCAGUGGGACCGAUUUGUGCAUCCCGGAGGAAUUUCUGAACAGCUUUGGAAUAGUCCCGCGGAGAUAGACGGGUUCCACCGAGCCAGGCUCAGCCAUGAUUUUGCGAUUCAAAGACCACGGCAAGUUCAAAAAGAAGAGACCAACAUCGGACAGAAAUCAUCGUACCAGCAAAUGAAUCUCCCACCGUAGACACUUUCCGUUUUUUCUGUAUCCUUCGUUUAGUUUUCUGUCCCUGGAAAAUAUUACAAAAACAAAAAACAACUAUCAUAAAGCGAAACCUUCAGUCCAUCAGGUCAUGUACCGCGUAAACAUCGUAAGCACUAAUCCAAGCGGGAACGUACAGCAGCAGCAGCAGUCGACGACGAGUAACCAGCAGCAGCAGCAGCCUCCGCAGCUAGCCCUGGUCCAGCAACAACAGUCCACGGGUGGUAUUCAGACCAUCACAGCCACCACGACGACAAUCAUUGGGCUGACGGCACUGAAUGCCAUCAAUGCUACUACGAUUACUGGACUGGCGGCGGCAGCAGCAGCAGCGGCAUCAUCAUCAUCCUCAACAGCAUUAUCAUCAUCAUCGUCUUCAGCGGCCGGUAGUAGUUCAACGAGUGCAAUCGCGACGGCUGGUAAAUCGACUCCGGCGGCAAAUACCGGCGGGUUAACCGCCAAGCAUAUCCUGAAGGCGGCCGCUAACAACAACAACAUCAGCAUCGUCAAAAUUGGCGAUGAAAUUAUGCUGAAAGCCGUUAAAGUGGAACCUUUGCUGCCGGAUUCCGGAGGUGGAAGUGGAGGCACAAGUGCCAACACCAGCGGACUUACCGUAACUGCCAUACCGGCUGCCGGCACGGCUAUGGCCGUGUCAAGCGGGAGCGCUAGCGGUACGGCCGCUGCAAAUAGUAGCGCCGUGAGUGUCGCGGCUGCCGCCAAUGGUCAUGUUAUCUACGGCGGGAAGCGACGGUUGGAAAGCAACGAGGAAUGGAUAUCGUCCCCUAGUCCGGGCAGUGUGCCAGGUUCCGCACCGCCCCUGAGCCCUUCACCCGGCUCCCAGAGCCAUACCUACACGACCACCAUGUCCAACGGAUACUCGUCGCCGAUGUCCACCGGAAGCUACGACCCAUACAGUCCGAAUGGGAAAAUGGGCCGCGAAGAUCUGUCACCCUCCAGCAGUCUCAACGGGUACUCCGGAGACGGCAACGAUGCCAAGAAGCAGAAGAAGGGACCCACCCCGCGACAGCAGGAAGAACUGUGCCUGGUGUGCGGGGACCGGGCGUCCGGUUAUCACUACAAUGCUCUCACCUGCGAAGGCUGUAAAGGAUUCUUCCGGCGAAGCGUGACCAAGAAUGCCGUCUAUUGCUGCAAGUUUGGGCAUGCGUGCGAGAUGGACAUGUACAUGCGGCGGAAGUGCCAGGAGUGUCGGCUUAAGAAGUGUCUCGCCGUUGGCAUGCGGCCGGAGUGUGUCGUGCCGGAGAACCAGUGCGCUAUCAAGCGGAAGGAGAAGAAGGCCCAGAAGGAGAAGGACAAGCUGCAGACGAAUGCAACCGUUAGUACAACGAACACCGCCUACAAGUCGGAGAUACUGCCGGUUUUGAUGAAAUGUGAUCCACCGCCGCAUGCAGCGAUACCUCUACUACCAGAAAAACUUCUGAAUGAAAAUAGGCUAAGAAACAUACCUCUACUGACGGCGAACCAGAUGGCCGUCAUCUACAAGCUCAUCUGGUACCAGGACGGCUACGAGCAACCGUCGGAGGAAGAUCUCAAAAGGAUAAUGAUCGGCUCACCCAACGAGGAGGAAGAUCAACAUGACGUGCACUUCCGGCACAUAACGGAAAUCACAAUCUUAACAGUACAACUGAUCGUGGAGUUCGCCAAAGGACUGCCAGCAUUUACCAAGAUUCCACAAGAGGACCAGAUCACGCUGCUUAAGGCCUGCUCAAGCGAAGUGAUGAUGCUGCGGAUGGCCCGCCGCUACGACGCCGCCACCGAUUCCAUCCUGUUCGCGAACAACCGAUCGUACACGCGGGACUCGUACCGGAUGGCCGGCAUGGCGGACACGAUAGAGGACCUGCUGCACUUUUGCCGUCAGAUGUACUCGCUCACGGUGGACAACGUGGAGUACGCCCUGCUGACGGCGAUCGUAAUCUUCUCCGAUCGGCCCGGCCUUGAGCAGGCGGAGCUGGUCGAGCACAUCCAGAGCUACUACAUCGACACGCUGCGGAUCUACAUCCUGAACAGGCACGGCGGUGAUCCGAAGUGUAGUGUGAUAUUCGCCAAGCUGCUGUCGAUACUGACCGAGCUGCGGACACUCGGCAAUCAGAACUCGGAGAUGUGCUUCUCGCUCAAGCUGAAGAAUCGCAAACUGCCGCGGUUCCUCGAGGAGAUCUGGGACGUCCAGGACAUACCGCCGUCGAUGCAGGCUCAGAUCCAGCAACAGCACCAGUCAACCUCUUCCCAGUUAUCUGCCUCCGGUACCAAUAGCAGUAGUAGUAGCAGCAGCAGCAGUAGUAGUAGUAGUAGUUUACACGGGCAGCAUCCGCAAUUAACGCCAAAUCAGCAGCAGCAACAGCAGCACAGUCAGCUACAGCAAGUUCACGCCAACGGUGGAGGAAGUGGUGGUAGUAGUGGCAACAACGGCAGUAGUACCAAUAGCGGAGGCAUCUCCGCACUCAGUUUGCUCGACCAGGUAUAGCUAGUGUAGGACACGGUUUCCGGGCCGGUUUCCAUUCCACUGCUGGCCAGCGAAACCGAGUCUCUCGCGACCGAUGCCCAAUCCGUUGUUUCCUUCCCCGGGGACGAAAUCUUAUUUAUCGUAGAGAGUUAAGGCGAUCUUUCCGUUUUUUUAAUUGCUUUUAUUUAUUUUUUGAACUUGUUUUUUUUAUAUUUCUUGCUACUUGUCUUGGUUUGGUAACCGCAGACUGGAAUUGGACGGCAGUUUGUCGCCCGAAGGCAAGUGACUGAAUUUCGUUUUUUUUCGCGACUAUUUGAUUUGACCCAUUCGAGAAAGUAUUCCAGACGAGAGUGGACUCGCCAGAAAAGCUAAUGACAUGAACACUCGCAAAAUUUGCUAUACAACAAAAAACAGAAGAAAGAAACAAACUGUAUCUUUAAAACGAAAAGUCGUGUUUAUACUAAAUACGGCUCCUAUUACGGAAAACCUAAACCUGGCGAGCUGCGUGAGAGCGUGUGACUAUAUAGAAAGGAUAGGAAAACGUGUAGACACAGAAAACACAAAAUACUACACGCGCUUAGAGGUGUAAGUUUACAACAAUGUAGUUGGUAAGGAAAAGAGAUGAAAGAGGAUCGCGGUUUGAAGUCUGACAACAAAAAAAGAAGUAAGUGUGCGCUGGGGCUCGCUGGUCGUGCUCGGAAAACAAAUGAGAGGAAACAAAUGCUGCCACCCCCUUUUCUCCCAGAACAUGAAAACAAAAAACAAGAACUACAGAAUACUAGCCACUACUACCGAAAGCGCUUCCCGCUCGCUCUUCCCCAAACAGCUUCAAUGGUUGAAGGAAAAGUAUUGAUGCUGGAAGAUGCAUGUGUUGGAAGGGGAUAGGAGGGGGAAGCGCCGAAUCCACUUAACGCAAAAAAAAACAAAAACAAACAGAGCGGCCCACCCGACCUCUUUCGUAUCGUUUGGCUGUGACUUGUUAAUAUUUUUAAGAUGAUACUAUAUUAAUUUAGAAGAGAACACACAUACAAAUAAUGAAACAAACGAAACAAAAAAACAGAAGUAAAAAUCAUAGAUGAAGCAAACCACUCAAGUACACGACGAGGAACUAAACAAACAAACAAACAAACGUAACGAGAGAACAUGUAUAAAAUGAAACUAGUAAGCAGAAAGUUUAGGACGCUUAGAUGUUAGGAAUCCGAAUCGGUAGAAGUCAGUGGACAACUGGCACAUAAUGAAGAAAACUAAUAGGAUGUACAUUUUUUUUCUAUGUUUUAAAAUUAAGCUAUUACAGACAGAGCAAGAAAAUGAAAGUUGUAAGUUAUUAGUUGCGUUAAGGAGAAGCAAAUACACCCCUCGAGAUGGUCAAGAGGCGGGUUCGGUUUUGCGGAGCGGAUCUGUUUCUCGCUUAAUUUUGCUAAGGAGUAUCGGGACUCAUAACGAGAGAAAGACAGAUAGGACAGUCAGCAAGAACAACGGCCCGAUUCCUUCACAGUUUCGAACCGUUGCGUUAUUCAAGCAGCGGGAGUGAACGAAGCUAGGGAACUGGUGUUGGGUCUUUCUGAAUGUCACACACGACACGUUGCUGGAGUUGUGUCUAUUGGAAGGGAAAACAGGGCGAAUGUUGUGUUUCGCCGCGGUAGCAGAACAGACAAGUACCGGAGGUUUUCGGUUAGAUUAUAUUACAAUCGAUUGGAUGGCUGCAAUAUGGACUACGAAUCAAUUGUAGUUGGGUUUCUGUUGCUUUUGGAAUUUUCGGAAUCCGGAAUCGAGGACAGUAAUGCCAUUUAAGAGGGAUGAGAACUGUAAGGAAUUGUAAAUCUUUAUAUUAUUACAAUUUCCCUUUACAUUCUGUUUACCCUAUUGUAAUAUAAUUAUGGAAAUUUCGAAAUCCAAACGUUUCAAGAGAUGAACGAAUGAUUUAUGGUAUCGAAUACUGAAGGAAGAGAUUCCAGUUGUGCCUGUGACGUACGCGGAAAGCUCAGCAUGUUUUUGCCACUGCUCACUGAUUAAAAGUUAAAUUUAUGAGCUUAUUGUAAAGCAAAUAUUCAGUUGCUUGUGAGUUUGUACAGCAUUUAUGUCUUAUUCGGAUCACUUAAGAAAUAACAAACUUGUGACGAUACAGAACUUAUUACUCGUAUGUUCGAGCUCCCAACCAUGGAGGAUUCCCAUAGUCAGCAUAAAUAUAGCACGACAACUAAGAAAUUGUACGCUAAUAUUGGUUUUGCUUGAAUCUGAAUCUGACUUUUAGUUUUGGAUCGAACUACUGUCAAACCGUUGGUUCGAAGCCAAUCUCGAAUUUAAGUUAUGCCGAAGACUACAUAUUAAGAAGACCGACAUUUCUUUCUUUCAUCCAUAUAAGUGAGAAGCGUUAGGGGUUACGGCUAGAGCACUGUAGGUAAAGUGUGGACGAGACGAAUUUGACGUAUCCAAACGAGCGAAAAUUUGAUGUGUACAAACGAACAGGGUUUUCUGCAACUACGGGAAUGAAGUAUUGUGAUCUUAGUAAAUAAUUUUGAAUUUUUUUGCGAGCAUCUAAACUGAAAAACAUUGUGGUUCAAAAAAGAAAUAAGGGUGUAUAAUAUUACAAAUUUAACCCACUUAAUGACACCUAUUUUGAGGCAGUUGAGCCAUUUUUCCCGACCCCAAGCAAUUUGUUUCGAUUCAUUAUCUUAUCCCAUACUAUUGUAUUCUGCCCAAAAAAGCAUAAGAGUCCCAUAUGGAAAAAACAGCAAGCCGGGAAAAACGCUGCUCAAGAUUUACAUUUUCAUUGAGCCUUAUGGAUGGGACAACCAUGUUUUGAUAUUUUUUCGAUGUUUUCUAAACAAACCUGGUAAUCUUAUUGGUGCAUUCUGCCCAUAAACGCAUAAGAGUCCCAUGGGGAUUUUUGUCGAAAAUGAGUUAUCCGUUGGAUUGUAUUCUGUAUCACCACUGAAUCACACUGCACAAAUAAGAUUACCGGGUUUGGUCAGAAAAUAUAAAAAAAAAAUACCAAAACAUGGUUGUCCCAUCCAUUUGGCUCAAUAGAUGGGACAAUCUUGAACAGCGUUUUUCUCGGCUUGCUGUUUUUCAACAUGGGACUCUUAUGCUGUUAUGGGCAGUUUAGUGGUGAUACAGAAUACAAUUCAACAGAUAACUCAAUUUCGACGAAAAUCCGUAUGGGGCUCUUAUGCUUUUAUGGCCAGUACUGGUACCUUCAUUUGUCGAUUUUAGAUGGUGGAAAUACCUAAAAUGCAUAUGUUGAGGAACAAGCCAAGUUGACAGUGAAAAAACGUCAUUCCUAAACCCCUGUUCGGUGACUGAAGAACUUUUGUAUAUAGCAUGUCUACCACAAUGUAAUAGGUCAAACAGUAAUGAACUUCGAACGUUCACUAUCCUGCAAAAGUUCUCGAACAAAAUGGUUAUUCGUUUCAAUGUACAUCGAUCGGCGAUCAACUGUCUAAGAACUCGCCUGCUUGAUGAAACUGCGAUUGUUAUCAAACAAGACCACCGGUAGAGAAAGCGGAACAGCAAAAUAGUUAAGGAUCAUUUGAACAUACUUGAACUUUUAACAGUGCUCGGCGAUGGCGGCUUUGAGAUUCAAUUGGAAUGGAAUCCAUUAGUAAAUCAGUAGCAGCUAAACAGAAUAGACAAUUAGUCGUUGAUUCCAGCCUACUUAAAUCUUCAGCUCAAACAGCGUUUAUGAAGAGAGGUGUGUCGUCCGCAUGGUAAACCAAUUCAGAAUUUAUAGUUUGUUUCAGGUACGCAAUACCUAUUUCGUUUCAAUCUGCUUUAACUAAUGUGUUCAAAUGGGUGGAAUGAAUAGAGGUACUAAGAUGAAUUAGGGCACAAUAUGCUAAUAAAAGUAGCGUACUGGUGAUUGUUUUGCAGUUUGUAUCUUUUCUCCUCCUUUUUGUAUCUGGAUGAAGCAUAGCUGGAUUUUGGUUGGUUUCGCAUCUACCACGUCCAAAUGGUUGAACAGCUUUUUCACAUAAGCUCGUUGGUUGAAUGCGUUUGCACUAUUUGUGCGCUUGACAUCGAUACUCAGAUACUGUUUGAUAUCACCCAGCAACGUUGAUAUUUGAAAUUUCUUAUUCAACUUGCGUAUAACAUUCUCGUAUUCUGUUUCUUUUCCGCAGGCUACGACUAAAGCAUCAACGUAAGCAACCAAAUAGAUGCACUUCUUCCCAUUUCGUCGAAUGUACAGUACAGACAGGAAUCAAUCUUGGACUGCUGAAUUUUCCUAGGUACAGAAUCGAUCUUUUGAUUCCACGCGUGGACUGCUUGCUAUAUGCCUGUAUAAGCUUUUCUGUAAACGACAUGCGACAUCCUUGUCGAGUACGUUGUAGUCAGCUGGUUGACCCAUGUAAUCCGUUUCAUGCAAGUACGCCAUUUUCACGUCAGCGUGUUUGAUAAACAUUGUUCUUAGGCUGGUCACCGACAGAAGUAACAAUAAACGUUCUAAACGUUGGGCGCAAACACCUAAAGCCAGCUUUCAUCGUUCAGUUGGUCUUCUAACUCGUGCUCUGAUAGUUUUCGACUACCUCAUUGACUAAUGGAAAUUGAACAGUUUCGCCACUGACGCUGGACUCUAACUCGAACAACUCGAAUGAUAGCUGACAGCCAUUUUGUUCACUAUCUCUGCGAAAAACAACCUGAUCGCCAGACUCGUCUUUAAAAUGACAUGCUUUGGUGUGGUCUGAAUAUUCCACAAGCGUCAUUUUUACGGGUUUUGCUUCCAGAUUCUUUCUCGUCUGCAGUCGAAUAUGCAUGACCUGAUGUCUUGGAUUUAUAUUCUCCUCCUUUAAAGGACCGAUUGACGACGGUUUGAAACCUGGAAAGCAAAUCUAUUCGAAAGCAGAUGUACAAACAAAAACAAAAAUAAUGACCAAAGACAUGUCAAAUACCGCGCACCUCAUUGCACACAAAAUAAUUCCCAACAUCGUGUACCUACCAUUGAAUGAGUUUAAAUACUUUCGUAAAUAUUGGGAUAUGAGUAAAAGCCUUAAAAGUUUAGUGCAGAAUUUAUUUCACAUACUUUUUCUACAAUUAUAGGUGCUUAGAUUUCAGCUGCGCCUUUUUGUCGGCAAGAAGUUUUCUCUUGGCUUGUCGGUCAGUUUUAUUUUUUUUCGUUUUCCUUCAACUCAUUCAUUUUAAUGUUCUCAAUAUUUUUCAGGUACUUAUCGCAAGCGACACUAGUUGCGACCGAGGGUAGAUGUGGUUUCGAUUUUGGUUUAGCUUUCUGUAACAUUUUAGGGGGACGAAACACCUAUUAUGUCAUGUAGAAGCUGACGACGUUGCCGGAACUUUUAAGCACCGUUUCUAUUCGACGUCAUAUGGUAUAUUUGCAGCUCCAUAUACAGCUCUCGUAGGACAAAUUAAUCCAUGUGUUGUAGUACUAAGCGUCAGACCAUGACGGAACUCCUCAUCGAUCGGAAGAUGUGUAUAUGCGUCAGUUACAUCCAAGUGACAUAAUAGAUUGAUCUGAUCGGCGAAGUGAGAUAUCCAUUCGCGUCCAAAUAACGACCAAGACAAUUAAUACGAUACCCAGUGUAGCUAGAGAACUGUCUGUCGUCAGGAGCUUAAUAAGGGACGGACCGAACAGAGCUGUUUGCUCUACAUGUUACAGAUUAUCCGAAUCCAAUGUAGUUGGAAGCGAGUUGUUCUUUUGUCCACAUGUGUCGUCCCAACCGGGUAGUACAUUAUUAAUGUAGCUAAGGAUCCGUAUGGGACAGGUAUGCCAUACCUCGUGAGGCGUCAUAAGAUGCCUUCCGAAGUAUCGCUGCCUUCGAAGAAAUAGUACUGCACAAUGGCAGAGAAUAUGUUCCGAACUCUCGGGCUCGUAGUUACAGAAUCGACAAUUGUCAUCUUGACUUUUGCCAUUUCUUUCAGAUGAUACUUAGCAGGACAAUGUCCCGUAAAUACGUAAAAAUGUGAUUAUACGUAAAUCUUUUCAUUUUAGAUCCAUUAGUUUUUUGGGUCUCGUUUUAUCUGGAUGCAUGAAUUUCUUAGCUUGUCGAGCGCCUUUGACGUUACGCCAGUCGUUUAAUAGUUGGUCCCUUACCCAAGCCGAAAGCUCUAGUUCGAUUGCACGGGUAGAUAUACCUAGAAAUGGUUCUGGUCUAACAAACAUGUUUGAUGAACCACGCCUGGCUAAUUCAUCGGCCACCAUCGAUUCCUUGGUGGCCAGGUACCCAGAAUAUCAUUACUUUAUUCCGAGUUGCUAGAUGUUGUAAGGAUGUGAUGCACUCCCAAACCAGUUUGGACUUACAUUUCGACGAUCUUAAUGCCAAUAGUGCUGCUUGUCUGUCCGAGAAGAUUUCGAUUUUUGCAUGUCUGUAGUUUCGUUUCCUACAGACCUCCGAGCAGGUGUUUAUUGCAUAUACCUCUGCCUGGAAAACUGGUUGUAGUGGGUGUUGAUUUCAUAGCGCCUGUGAUAGAGAGGCAGGUUAGCCUCUGAACUUUAGUUAGUUUUGUUAGGGUGGUCUUUUGUUUAACAUUGGGCCACCAUACAAUGGCGGAAUAAGUUAAUCGUGGUCUGGCGAUGGUCGUGUAGGACCAAUAAGCCAAACUCGGUUUGAGACCCCUAGUUUUCCCGAAGAGUUUACUACACGCUCACAGUGCUGCAGUUUCUCUAUUAACGGCGUAUGGCAUGUGCGAAUUUCAAUUCAGUUUUUUGUCUAGGAUAAAACCUAGUCGUUAAGAAUCUGCGUAGUUGAUUGUAGUACCACUGAGAGUUGGGGACUUCAGUUUUUUCCUAUUGCAAAACGGCACAAUGACCGUUUUUGCAGAUUUCACAUUGAGUCUCUCUUUGAAACACCAUGUCUUGAUGAGGUUCGGGGCUAAAUGAAUCCGGUCGCUUAGUACAGAUUCAUGUUUCCCCUCACGAUAAGGACAAUGUCAUCUGCAUAUCCAACAAUCUCGAAACCCAUUUCAGUCAGAUCAUUGAGAAGAUCGUCUACCAAUGGUGACCAGAGCAGGGGUGAUAACACGCCUCCCUGGGGGCAGCCUCUAUUGACUGUUAUAGUUGCCUUAGUGUCUCCCAACGUUGCUGUGAUCUCUCGACUCUUAAGCAUUGCAAGAAUCCAGUCCCCUAUCGCUCCUCUUUUUGCCAGGGCCUUGUGAAUUGAUAUAUAGACGUAUUAUCAAAAGCACUCUCGACGUCACGAAAAGCGCAAAUUGCUAUUUCUUUAAAUAGAGAGUUCUCAAUAGGAUAUGUAGGGCUGUUUCGUAGAUUUGCCCUUUUGAUAUGCACAUUGGUACUUGUUUAGGUCUAAAUAUCUUGGGUAGUGCCAAAUAUUUUUUAUUUGUUUUUGGAAUAAAUUUUACUCUAACAUCUUUUCUACUUAUAGGUGGCUGCCCAAGCAUAAAACUGGAUCUUAGGAUGUUUAGUAGAUCCGGAAAAAUUAUGUCUAUCCAUUUUUGCAAAAAAGGAAGAAUGUUAUCAGGGCAGGGGCAUUUGUAGGGUUCGAAUGUGUUGAUAGCCCAUUCAAUUAGAGAUGGUGUAAGAAUCUGACAGGCCAGUUUCAGUGAUGCCUAUUAGGACGACCACAAUUCUGACCUGUCGAACCCUUGACCCAGGAAAGUGGGUGUUCAUUAGAACAUCCAUUGUUUCACUGUUUUCAAUUGUGAGAGAACGAACCAUCGCCUUUUUUCACCUGCCCUAGGCCAUUUGUGUGAUCUUUUGAAGGCGAACUGCCUCGGUAAAGUUUCCAAUGCUUUCACAAAAUUCGCACAUUGAUAGUUUUUUAGCUUUGCUCAACUCAACGUUGUAUUUGGUAAGAGCGGUCCUGCGGUCUGACCAGUUACCAGUAAUCUUCGCUUAAUUGAACAGGCGGCUAGCUUCCUUCCUAAGUGUUGCUAGAUUUUCAUUCCACCAGGAAACGUUACAAGACAACUGACAUUGUAGGCGGUUAUGAUCCUUUUUUGUAGGUCGUUUGCCGCAUUAUUCAGAUCUGCCGGAGAUUGGAUAUUACUCCCAGUUUUUUCCGACUGUUCCAGAUGUGAGCGGGAUACACACCAAUUUGUUUUCCUUAUUUCCCUGUUUUUUGCAUUGUGAGUUUAUUGGCUUCUAUGGCGAACAUUAUGUGUCCGUGAUCCGAGAGACUAGGUUCGUCAGAAACAUGCCAACUCUUUAUCUUUUCCGUUAUUUGAGCGCUGCAUAAUGUGAGGUCCAGUACUGUGCUACUAACUACGGUCAUAAAUCUAGCCAAACAUGUCAAAUGGUCCUAAGUGCAAAUGACAGUUUCUCUUUAUUUACUGUCUCUUUCGCUAAUAACUCGGCAGUUUAUACGUUUGUUACUCGACUCUUAGCAGAAUAAGCUGGUCCAAAUCAGUUUUUCGAUAUAUCCUGAGAUAAUACUGAAAAGUUUUAAGAUGACGCCGCAAUAAUCGAAAGAGAAAGUAAACAAAGAGAGGCUCUCAUUUGCACUUAGGACCAUUUGACAUGUUUGUCGAGAAAUGUAGGUAUAGCUCCCUUGUUACAUAUAUUGACAUAAUUUGACGACAGGUAUUCUAGUAGGUGGCUCAUUUAUAUCCGUGCUACCCCAUAUUGUGUGACGGCUUAUUUAUGCUUCUGCAGUACUUUAUGAGGGUAGGCAGUAGGCAGAUGCGAUCACAAUCUGCUGUCUGCUUUCCCUUAGCCGUCGGGGCCUCCACUGUUAUUGCAACGACGUCUCAUUGAAUGAAUCCAGUAAUUGGCGAGCAUUUUACUGCUUUGUUUACCAAAACUGCAGCUCUUGGAGUUGGCUGGUCGUUACAAUAUACUAUCUUGUGAGCUGAGGAAUUUAAGCUAAAUAUUUUGUGCUUAUCUGCCCACGGCUCCUGUAGAAGAGCGAUGUCUAGUCGCUCUUUGGUGAACCUCCGUGCAAGGACGCUUGUGGCACCUUUUGCAUGGUGGAGGUUCACUUGAAUGCUGCUCAUUUUUUCGGUGUUUCUUUACCGUCGAUUUUUGGGGCCAAUGCUUCGUCCUCUUUAUUAUACGGACUCACUAGUCCCAGGCAGUGUGCUGUUCGACGUUCCAGUGGCCUUUUCUGGUCCAGUAUUUGCUUCGGCUUUUGCCGUUUGCGCACCUUCGCCUACGGGAGGUUUCCGAUCCUCUUCUUGCGUUUCAGUUUGUGAGCAGCAUACGGUAGGGUGCUUUUGUAUAUUGCUCGUGAGACGGGUUGCCACCGAUGUUACCGUUGCUGCAGGCUUGCUAUGGUCAGAAGUCCGUCGUCAGGUGCUCCGUAUUGGGUUACCCACAGAAGCUUUUUCAGUUUAUGCUUGCCUAAAACUUCCAUGUUCGGUGAAGACUGGGGCACCUUUCAACUGGCGCAUUCUAGCCUUUCCGAAUACGUAGUCCCGCUGGUUGUGUUGGGAGGUUAUCAGCUUCACUGAAGUCUCAUCUACUGCCAACAGGAGCUCUACCGUUUUGAGGACCGUGCUUCUCUUCACGAUCUUCUAACAUUCUGUGCAGAAAUCGUUGUUCUGAUUCCGCAUCAGGCGGAUGAUGCUCCAACGGCUCCCAAUGAAGCGCCUUCCCAGGGUUUGAUCGCAACUGUGGCAUCCGGUAGCCACUUAGCUGUAUCUUUGUCUGCACAGGCGAUUUCGAGAUACCCUUAUUUGUAGGUACACUUCCUAAACUUGGGUCUCGUAUUACUUGAGCGCUGCUCCAUGACGCUAUCGAUCAGCGCGCAUCGAGUAGCGUUCACCUGUCUAUGGCUACAGGUAUUCGCAGGGUACCCAAUCGGAAUGAGGAAGAUUGGGCACUGUUCAGUUUUUAGUGUCUUCCUGCACCCAUGUCCGGCGAUUCCGUGUCCGUCGAACGCUGUCGCUUGGUUGGUGCAUUCCACAUUAGGAUUUUUGUCAACUCUAGCGCUUCAGCGGUUUUGUGGCCGUUUCUCAGCAGCCACCCAUAUCGUUUCUUCACCGUUCCGGUUAAGUGAAGAGUUUUUCCUGUGCCUCUUGUUUUAUUCUCGGAGCCUUCCAACCCACCGGUUGCUUCGCCGGACUGGUGUGUGUCCUCUCUGGUCACUGUGCGAUGCUCGUCUCUAUUUGGAGAGUUGAGAAUGGACAAAGUGCAGGACACAUCAUCCUCCAAUAAGCCGCUAGUUUGCUUUCCACACAAUCCUUCUCGUCUUCCACCUCCAUCGCCACAAUAUACUACAAACUCAGGUUUACAGUGUUCUUAGUGUUUUCUAUUUGAUCCCACGAUUAGCUAGGGAAAGAAACUCAACCCUGUCAGAUCCCUGCUUGACAGGGUAAGGGUAAAAUACUGUGGGGUGCGCCCUGGUGCCCCAAGGCUCCGUGCGCGGCAUGGUAUUUGUCAACACUUCGGAACCGUCACACCUUGGAUUGGGGCAUAAAUUUUACGGUUCAGGUUGUGAGGCUUGCCCGUUGGCACCCUCUCAUUCCGAUGCUACAGCAGAAGGCUGAUAACAUCCAACCGACGCCGGUCUAACGACCAACUGUCAUCGACUCACGUGAAGAUGGCAAACUUGUGAGUACGAUGUUAUCUCACCAUUUGACGGCACUGCGAAUGCUGUUGUUAGUCGCCUCUUGCGACAUGUGGAACAGAAACCCAGUGGGUCAACUCUUUGCUGCGAGAGAUUUUAGCCACCACAGGAUACGACACGGCUGGCACUGGAAGCUUCAUUCACAGAACAUUCAAGUAGAGCAAUCCCAUUCACGAAGACGACAUGGCCUGCGUUAAGCCAAACCGAGCUAAGCGCCAUAAUUUUUUUCGUGUAUUUUUCGUACCAAAAUUAAUUUUUCGAUAACUUAUCAUUUACAUAGAAAGUUAAAGAACACUGGCUUGCUUUCGUUUGCUAUUUGGGUUCCCAAAACAUAACAGAUAUUAGAGUUCCUGGUGCUACAUUGGAUGCUGGAGCGAUUUUAGAUAAAGUACCUCAAAAUGGCGCUUGGUCCUCUUUGGCUUAACACAGGCCACAUCAAGAAAACGAGAUUGAUUGUUGGAAAUCGAGCUUACUUGAUCUAGUCAGAGGUAGAUUGUAGUUGUCAAAUCACAUAUUUUGCGCGUACCCAACAUCUCGCCUCGGUCCAGCACUUUGGACCCCGUUUUUGGGUUACUUCACCCCCAAAAAGAGAAUAGAGGGUAAGCGUUCCCCUGGAUUUAGUCCGAUUUGUUAGCGAGAAUAACGGGUCAGGCUAAGCGUAUGCACGUCCAGAAGCUACCCACAUAAGUUCUGGUUGGUUGAAGUUACCAAAUCACAUCGUUUGCAUCUGCAUGAAAAGAAGCGCCUUCUACAGAGUCUCUAUGGAGCUUCAUAAUGAUGCAUUCAAAUCGUUUUUGUGCAGGAAUGUAAACAGCUCCAAUAAAGCUGUUCAUCAUCUGCGUAGCAAUUUUCGUCCGAACAACUUCAAUGCUUGAUGAACUAUCCACACCAAAUUCACAGGAAGCAAGUGGUGAAGAAACUCCCCCGGCUGGGACCAUGAAUGCUUUUACGAUCGCUUCGAUCCGUACGAUGAACUGCGUAAAAAUCUCCGAAGAGCUGCAUCGAUGUAAUACAAUCAAGUCAAGCUACUGCCAGAACGUAAAUAUCAUAGUCAUCGUCAACUGGAGCCAAGUACACGUCCUCGAUUUUCGUACUUAGCCCUCUGAUGUUUUGGUAGUAUAACAGCAAACUGGCAGCGCCACGUUCCAAGCGUAUAGUGUAUAGUAUGGAUCGUGAGCGAUACUAACACGUUCGAGAUAUAUCGACCGAGCAGCAUGGAAGUUUGCUGGUAAUUAAGCUUUUUCCCACUGGUUUUAACUUUUGCUCCACUCCCCUCUUGACCGGUUAGAGAAAUUACUAAUUCUAUGUGUGGUGUUGGCAAUCGAACCCAGGAGAGCUGCGUACAAUCGACUUGUCAAUUAUGCUAUACUCGCAUCUCAAUGUAAUGUGGUAUUCGUUACAAAAUAUUGACAGAUGACAUCUUUGAAAUAGAGGUUCGUAAAAUAAACUCUAAGCAUCAAAUGUUACAUCGCAAUUAUAAUUAUACAUACACAUUUGUAUACCUACGGUGUGAUGUGGUAUAAUAAGCUGAGAGCCUUUUUUAUUCUUCAAAAAUGGAUAUUUUGGAAUGCUAGUAUCACUGAUUAGGACAAGUGAAAGUUGAUUCUGUUUCGGCUACAUACAAGAUUACGUGUGGUACACUUGCGCAAAAUUUGGUGCGGCUGACAUUUUUUUUUUGAAAUAUGUCUUCAUGAAACAGUAAAAUUGUGCGAUAAAAAUGGCUUCUAGUUCAUAACUUGGUAGCUUGAAUGAACAGGCUAAAGAUUCUUUGUAGCGUAGAGUAGAGAGUCUAGCCUGCUUACAUAACUCCACAAGUAUCCGCCCAAACUUGUGCAUUUUUUCUAGGGCGAAGCAAGCAUUUCAUUUGCCGUGUAUGAGUUUGUUAUCGUUUCUAAUUUGUGUGUCUUGUCUACACUAUCUGCAGACGAUAAAAUUUCACAAAAUUUAUUCUGAGAAGGGAAAUUGUGCAGAAGGCUACAACAUUUGACUUCGAUAAAGCUAGAUUUUUGUGUAUCGAAUUAAUCUCAUCAGUAACUAGCACCAACUUGGGGCUUUUGAAAUGUUCACAAUCCAGCCUUCAACAUUGUCUUAAAACGAAUGUCAUCACCAGCUUUAAAUGUUUACCGUUUCCGCCAUAUACUGCAUACCAGUUCUUUUUUAAAUUUUUGUCAAGAAUUAGUUAUUCUUGAAUUUAUAAUGCACAUUUAAAGCUUCCAGCUUUUUUCAGAAAAUAUCACGGAACCCGUUUGUCCUUACCAUUGAAAGGGAGUCUAUUGGUUACGUGUUUAUUAACGUUAGCAACAGAAUCAAUAAUAAACACCCAGGGUUACCACCUCUGGCAAGGCUUUGACCCGGAGAUUUUUAUUGACGUGGUGGUAGACUUCAAGGAACAUAUGAGUAUUUGCUAUAAUCAAACAGAAACGUGAAUCAAAGCGAAUGCUCGACAUUUAUCGCUUUUUUACCCAAUGAGUUAAAAGUGAUAAGUAUAACCUCAUUCAUUCCUUCUGAAACUAUUCAGAGCCGUUUACAUUACGCUGUACAUUUUUCACAUUUGUAACGGUUUUGUAGGUUUAGUUUGGUAUAAAAUUUCACUUUCCCGGCUAAUCACAAAAAAAUACAAAAGCACCAACUAGUCUCGCUGUAAAGGAUAGGCCGAACUAGCAUCGCCCUCCAACACAGCUAACAUGAAAACCAGAGAAACAGGAUAUCGGAACUGCCUGGGGAUCACACUGCGGUGUCUUCCAGGAUUCGUUGUAGGGAGCGAAGAAUCCAGUUUUUCGUCGCAGUCGCUUGGGAGAUCCCAGCAAAGGAGGACCGCUAAAGGAGCAGCCAACGUUAACACGAGGAGAUCUUGGUAGAUGUUGACCCGGUCGGUUGUAUUGGAUCAACCGCCAUCUUAUCAAGCAGCAGCUGCAUGUAAGCUGUCCAGCUACAGUGAGGUGAUUUGGUGAAAUUGAAGGAAUUUAACAUUUUCAAACCAUUUUGAGCGGCUUUGUGGGAUGUAAAAUAAUAAAUUUUAGGAAACGGCGGAAUUUUUUUUCCUACAUGGCGGAUAAAUUGAUUUUUAUGCGAAUUCUGAAAUAGUUAUUGGUACCUUGACACAAAGGGUUAGCCGAGCAAAUAACUCUGAACGCUAGAGGUGAUAAAAGCACCACUUACACUUUUCAAAUAUUUUGAAAAAAAAAAACACUGAAACAGUUCAAAUUAUCUGUUGUUUUACCGGGCCCGAAGAAAUCGAUGUGUAACAUGGAGAUCCGGAGUUCGCCUUCAAAAACGGGAGUCUCCGGGUCAAACCCGGAGGGGUGGAAACCCCAAAAACACCGGAGAGUAUGUAAGGAGAGUGACAACAACUGUCAAUGAUUAUCUGUCUGCGUCAUUCCAAACAUAUACACAAGAGCUCUCAAGAUCAGAGUAACAAAUAUUCAAUUUCACUGAAUGGAAAUUGAUCAUAUUCAGCCGCAUUCAUUCUCAAUAUUCAGUGACGCAGUUGAAAACGUCAAACGAACAAACCGCCCAUCCAUCCAUGCAGAUUUUCAUUCGUCUCCGAUUAUUAGACGAAGCGACCGUGCAGCAACGAAUCAAAGUAGGCCCUGGCAUAAUGUGGGCGAUGAUAAUUCAAGCAAACUUAUUGAGAAGGUCCUAUGUGCAAAUGAGAGCCUCUCUUUGUUUACUUUCUCUUCCGCUAAUAACACGGUCGCAUCUGCGUUUGCUACUUAGACGCAAUCAUGCUCUUCCAAUAUCUACUGGAACAUUAUUGGAAGAUUAACGGUAAAGCCGUGAUAAUCGAAAGAGAAAGUAAACAAAGGGGCUCUCUAUUGCACUUAGGUCCAUUUCAAAAAGAGCGCGAGAAUUGUUGUUUCGUAUGUUUUGCCGCUUUUCAAAACAUUUGCCUAGAUAAUCAGUGAAAUGAAUAUUAUUGUACGAUAUUCAACUGAAUGACUAACAUGGAUUUUUGAAUGAAUAUUUUUUCUAUUCACCACGAGUCGCAUUAGGUUCAUUUUCAGCCGUCAAAAAAGAGCUUCGAUUAUUUUUAGCUCUGCUCAAGAUACAUGUAAUUGAUUCGCUUGGAAUGACACCGACAGAUAAUUUAUGACAGUUGUCGUUAGUCUCUUUACAUACUCUCUGAUAAACACUAGGUACUCGUUUGCCGGUUGGCGACAGAGCGAUAGCAAAAAUAAGAACUCGUUUCUCCGAACACGAAUAAUACCUUUUUCGAAGGAAUGUAAUUUCCAAAACUAAACAGAUGUCGAAUUCGAUUAAUUCAUAUUCCGUUCUAGAAUACAACGAUCUAAAUAAGGUUGAAACGAGUGAGCUUCCAACAAAAACGAUGAAUUUUUCACCAGUUCGGAAACAUCGACGAACGUUAGUCGCAGUGGUAAAGCACCCUUUCAGUUUGCAGUAAAACGUGUGAAGCACUUCCCGAUCCCGUUGUUAGUACUUGUCUGUAAACAUCCCCAUAACGGAACAGCAUCUUAAGCUCUGUUUUCCCUCCCACUAGACGUAACCCGCACAAAAAAGCAAACCGAACCGAAGCGUAAAUUUAGUUAUAUGUAUAGCUAAAGUUAGGACUUUCUUUUGUUUUUCUUUAGUAAAGUUUAUCAAGCAAACUGGAUAAAAAUGAUCUAAUUGAUGCUAAAGUUUUUUUUCUUUUUAGAAAAGAAAAAAUAUAUACUAAAAAAAUAUCGUAUGCAUGUAUGCGUGUGUUUAGUGUAUGGAUGGUGUGUGUCCGAAAUUAAGAGAGCGAGUGUGAAAAAAUGCACGAUAGGGCGAAGUAAGCAAUAUCUUAUUUUUUUGAAUAAAAGAAGAGAAAUUCAAUUUAGAGACAAAGAAGAGUGGUUCAAAAGAGCGCAAAUACUGCCACAAUUUCACAAUCAUGCAAAAUGAUGAUCAUUCGAUAGAAACGGUGAAGGUAAUCAAAGCAAGCGAGAGAUUGAAAGGUAGUAACGAGCGCAAGUUACGUCACUCAAAAGUAUUGUGGAAACUAUUGCGGAAAAAAUGUGUAAGAAAGAGUAAGAGAAAGAGAGAAAAACAAAAUUGAAAGAACGAUAGAUCUGUGUGUUGAUGCACCUGUUUUGUUUUUUUCUUUGAAAUUAAUUUUAAUUGGGACGUUGAGGCAUUUUUAGAACAAUUUUCUCAAUUGCAAAUUCAUGGCCUUAGUUUUUUUUCUGCCGAGAAAAAUAAACAGCGAACAUCAAAAAACAAACACGUAUCAAAAUUUUUUUAGUCAAUUUUUUAGCAAACCUUUUUUGAAUUUGUUUCCGCGCCAACCGAUGCAAAACGUGAACAGCAAAUUAGUCAAUUAAUCACUUGUUUCAGUCGAAAAUGUACUUCCACUGUUGUAAGUAAGGCUUAUUAGCAGAAACACAAACGUAGCGAACACAAACAAUAGCAAACAAAAGAAUACCAGAAGUGGAAUAGGAAACACGGGAUCAGUUUCAAACAGUAGGAUUUACUUCUCUUCACAAUUAGUGAAAGAGACAAAAGAAACGAAAAAAGUCUAACAAAGCAGAAGGAAAUCGGUUUUUGAUGGCGAAGUAUAUGUUUCGGAAACGGAGGUGCCUUUAGUAAAGAGUUAAAAGAAAGAAAACAUACAUAAAAAGAUGGUAAGAAGAGCAUUCAACUAACGAUGUGUGUUGAAAAGAAUGAUACAAAAAGACGGAGUACUGACUUUUAUAAGAAAUGAAUACGGAAAAAGACAGAAAAAAGUGCAGUUGUUAGAGAUUAAAGUAGUAGCAGCAGCAGAGUAGAGAAAACCAAGAGUGGUAAAUCCAAGAACCAGUAAAAGUAACCAAGUAACGGUAAAUCUAGCCGAGUAAGUGUACAAGCAAACCAGCACGGAUGUAAACGACUGAAUCAGUGAAAAAAUCAAGCGAAAUAAAAUAAAACAAACAUUCUUACAGAUACAUACACACAGAUAAUGAGCAGAGUCGAACCGGACACCGGUCAAAAGUGUGCGAUGAUUGAGAGCGCAAACGAAAGCAAAAUGAGACAACUGUUUGUGACACAGAUAGGAAUGGUGGUGGUUGUGGGUGUAACUGUGAAUUUUCGCAAGCUAUCCCGAAACCUACCCAGGCAAAACAGAGUUGAAGUGCAGAAGAGAGCAACGCAGUGAGUGAAUAUUUGAUACUAAGCAAGAACUGGGAUAUGUGCAAAAUAAGAAAUUUCUCAAAACCUAUUAAUAUUUGUAUUAGUUAAUAUUAUUAUUGCUAUAUUAUUUUAUUUUAUUUUUGUAAUAAAAUAUUUUUUAACAAUUUGAA